UGGGAGUGUUUCACCCCCACCGACAGCUCUCCCUCCUCUUUCUCCCCCCGCCUUCAAAGUUUUCUUAGGAGUGAGGAGAGGGGUUGGGGAGGAAUAGGGUCCAGCCAGCCCCCGUCCUUACCCUCUCCCUGUCUAACUUACCCCCGCCUCCCUUCCCCUCCAUCCCCUGCGCGCCGCUGCCCCUCCGGAGCUGCGCUCCAAACUGACAAUUGGAGCGCGGCUCCUUUAAGAGCCCGGCUUUGCCUCCCGGUAGCUGAAGGUCAUUAAACACAAAAGCUCUCAGCGCUGCGGUCCAAUAUAGCGCAUGCGCCCUGCCCGAGGACUGGCAGAGAGACGGCAAUAUGGCGAGAAUGCCUGGCAGCGGGGACUGUAACACCAGCGCGGGCGGCAGCGCCAGCGCCGCCGCCGCCGCCGCCGAGAACAAUGGGGAGCGGGGCGAGGGCGAGCGCGGUUCGGGGGGCCGCGGCCGCCGCCACGGCCGCCCGCACUACUGCAGCGCGGGCGAGGAGGAGGAGGAAGAGGAGGAGGACGACGAGAUCCAGGAGGUGCAGAUAACGGGGGACGAGGAGGAGGAGGAGGAGGACGGAGGUGGGGGGCUGGAGGAGGAAGAGGAGGAGGAGGAGAUGGGGCUGGACUGGGAUGAGCCCCUGGAGCCCGAGGACUCGGCCGGGGAGGAGCUGGAACCCGAGCCGGUCCAUAUGAUCAAUAUGGACCAGAGCGCCGCGCUGGAGCCCGAGGCGCCGCCGCGAUUGCUGGCGCCCCGGGCCCGCGGCGGGCCGCCCGGGGACAGCGCCGAGCUGGACCCCGACGUGCUGCAGCGCCCCGAGCGGGCCCGGCUGAGCGAGAACACCCGGCUGGCCACCCGCUACGCCGUGCGCAUCUUCCGGGAGUACCUGAGCGAGAAGGCGCAGAGCCCGGACUUCGAGACCAUGGACAAGGGGGCGCUGUGCCGCGUGCUGCGCUCUUUCUACGCCGAGGCCCGCUCCAAGAGCGGCCAGCUCUACAGCAAGUCGUCGCUCAUCAGCAUCCGCAGCUCCCUCAACCGCUACCUCAACGAGCCCCCGUACUGCCGCACGCUCGACCUCACCAAGGACCCCGAGCUGCGCAGCGCCAACCUGACGCUGGCCGCGGUCAUCCGCAAGCUCGAGGAGCAGGGCGCCGGGCCGGUGGUGCAGAAGCAAGCCAUCACGCGUGCCGACCUGCGCAAGCUCUACACCUCCAGCGUCUUCAGCACCAACACGCCCUUCGGGCUGCUCAACAAGGUCUGGUUCGAGACGUGCAUGUACUUCUGCACGCGCGGCCGCGAGAACCAGCGCGAGCUGGAGGAGGACUCCUUUGGGCUGGCUAUGGACGAGGACGGCCGCAAGUUCGUCUACUUUAAGUCCCUCGGGCCCUACCACAAGUCGCGCUCGUCGUCGUGGAGCAAGAAGCGUGCAGAGAGCAGCGACGAGGAGAACUUGCCCCGCAUGUACGAGACGGGCACCGAGUUCUGCCCCUACGCCAGCUUCGUGAAGUACCUGUCGAAGCGCAACCCACUCUGCAAGGCGUUCUUCCAGCGGCCCCGGGACCACUGCAGCGAGGGCGAUGUGACCUGGUACGAGAACAAAGCCAUCGGCAAGAACUUGCUGGGCACCAGGAUGCAGAUGCUCUCGAAGGCGGCCAAGCUCUCCAAGACCUACACCAACCACUGCAUCGGCGCGGUCUCCAUCGCCACGCUUAACAGCAUCGCUGGCAUCGGCACCAAACUGGGCUCGCCCGCCCCGCAGGGCUGCUACGCGGAGGCUCUGAACGGGGCGGCUCGGCACCACUCCCACCACCCCCCCACCCAUCCCUCCCACCACCACCGCCCCCAGCCGCCCUCGCUGGGGAACACCUAUAUCCUCCCCAAAGACAGCCAGGUCGGGCCCGACGUGAAAUCCGAGGCUGCGCCCAAGCGCGCUCUGUACGAGUCGGUGUUCGGGUCGGGGGAUAUCUGCGGCCCCUCUUCCCCCAAAAGACUUUGUAUCCGCCCCUCGGAGCCUGUGGAUGCGGUGGUGGUGGUUUCCGUGAAACACGACCCCCUGCCUCUUCUUCCAGAAGCCAAUGGGCACAGAAGCACCAAUUCUCCCACAGUAGUUUCACCUGCUCUUGUUUCCCCCACCCAGGACAGUCGACCCAAUAUGUCAAGACCUCUGAUCACUAGAUCUCCUGCAUCUCCACUGAACAACCAAGGCAUUCCUACUCCAGCGCAACUCACAAAAUCCAAUGCGCCCGUCCACAUUGAUGUGGGCGGUCACAUGUACACCAGCAGCCUGGCCACUCUCACCAAAUACCCUGAAUCAAGAAUCGGAAGACUUUUUGAUGGUACAGAGCCCAUUGUUUUGGACAGUCUCAAACAGCAUUAUUUCAUUGACAGAGAUGGACAGAUGUUCAGAUAUAUCUUGAAUUUUCUACGAACAUCAAAACUCCUCAUUCCUGAUGAUUUCAAGGACUAUACUUUGUUAUAUGAAGAAGCAAAAUAUUUUCAGCUUCAGCCCAUGUUGUUGGAGAUGGAAAGGUGGAAGCAGGACAGAGAAAGUGGUCGCUUUUCAAGGCCCUGUGAGUGCUUAGUGGUGCGUGUCGCCCCAGACCUUGGAGAAAGGAUCACGCUCAGCGGUGACAAAUCUUUGAUAGAAGAAGUAUUUCCAGAGAUUGGCGACGUGAUGUGUAACUCCGUAAACGCAGGCUGGAAUCACGACUCAACGCAUGUCAUUAGGUUUCCAUUGAAUGGCUACUGUCACCUCAACUCGGUCCAGGUCCUCGAGAGGUUGCAGCAGAGAGGAUUUGAAAUCGUGGGCUCCUGUGGAGGAGGAGUGGACUCGUCUCAGUUCAGCGAGUACGUACUGCGACGGGAGCUGAGGCGGACACCCCGCGUACCCUCUGUCAUCCGGAUAAAGCAGGAGCCUCUGGACUAAAUGGACAGAUUUCUUAUGCAAAGAGGAAAAAAAGAAAAACGUACACAACAAACAAACAAACAAACAAAAGGGACAUUUAUGUGCAGUUGGGACAGCAAACCAAGUCCUGGACCUAAAAUUGAAUAAAAAGACACAUUUAUAUCCAAUAGAGACCACACCUGUAUUCAUAUGGGAACAAUUGGAAUAGUGAUAUCCUCAAGGUGUAAAAAAAUAUAUAAAUAUAUAUAUAUGUCAAAAGGUAGGAAAUGCAAAAAAAGGAAAAAAAAAAGUUUUAAAAGAUGGUAGCUACAGUUGGUGCUAUGAUGGCCGUGAGGUGUCCUGGGCCUCCCGAGGCCCCCCGACCAAUAGAGAAGCCAUGAGCAGUGAGGACGCAUCUCCUUACGGUUUCCAUUGCCAACAGCCAUCCGUUGUUUCCUUUUCCUCUGUCUUUCUUUUUCCUUUUUUUUUUUUUAAAAAAAAAAGAAACAAAAAAAACCAAAACACCUUGAAUCAAGUUUAUUUGCAUAUGGAGGUUUCAUGUCCUCUCUUUUAGGCGGCACCAGGCAGGACUUCAGAAAAACUCUCGUGAGCACACUGCAACCGAAAGACAUUAGACAUGAAAUUUUAAAUGUAGUUUGUACAGAAGUCACACUUUUUUGUCCGCCUUCACAGAUGUGAACAUUACUUUGUUUUUAAACUGAUCAGUUUUGCAAAGGGGCCAGAAUUAUUACUUGUUAGAGUUGCUCCAGUUUGAGUCUGCUGCUUUCCUACAAUUUUUCAAAUUUUAUAAUGUAUUAAAUACAAUAAACUCUGUUUAAAAAAUAA